CGCCCCGUCCCGCUCGAGACAUGGCGGCCCCCUCCGCAGCCACCUGGAGGUACCGAGGGGACCCCGAGAUGGGACAGCCCGCAGCCAUCGUGCGGUUCUCCAACGGGCGGCUGCGGGAGCCCGGCGGCAUGCGGUUCACUGCCUACCGGCACCGGGACACGGCACACCCCCGACACCGGCACCGCAGGAUCCUCGUCUCCGAAACUGAAAGGCUUUCCUAUGUGGGGAAUAACUUUGGCAGUGGGGUGAUGAAGUGUAACUCCCUGUGCAGGUAUUUUGUUGGCGUGUUAGACAAAGAGUCUGGGCAAAUGGAAGUCUAUAAUGCUGAAAUAUUCAAUAUGCAGCCCUGGCUGUCAGAUAACUCAAUGCCUGAUGACACAACAGAUUAUCAGAAGAAAUCCUACAGGGAAAAGGUGGAUUUGUGCAUUGAGGCUUUUGGCACCAGCAAGCAGAAGCGAGCACUGAGCUCCCGGCGGAUGAAUGCAGUGGGCAGCGACGUCCUGAGCACUGCUGUGACAAAGGCAGCAGCAAAUGUCAUAGAUGCAAAGGGAGUUGCAGCUUUGAUGCAGGAUGUGGCCCAGGACGAUGUGCAGAACGUCUCUGUCUUCCUCCCGCCUUGUAAUGAAGAUGCUGACGAGCCAGAAAAUGUUUACAGAUUUGAGGACAUUCUGUCGCCAGCAGAGUAUGAAGCCCUGCGUGUUCCAGCAGCAGUGUUUGUUAACAUCACUCCAGAAGAGAUCACCAAGAAAGCUGAAGAUAAAAGCCAUUGCUCCUUUGUUUUAGAGGAGCUGAAGUUCCUGCCUGCUGAUGAGAGGAGCCGAGACCACAAAGCCCGAUGCCUCUGGUUCCUGGACACGCUGAUUAAAUUCAGCUGUCUGAAAGUGAUCAAGAAGAAACAUCCAAUGGGUCCUGAAUGCCCACACAUAAUUAGCAGGAAACUCAUGAAGAAUUUCACUUCACUGACCUACAACAAUGGCAGUGUUCAGAACUUGGUCUCUUCCUCCAUGAAGGCAAAAAUCGCAGCAUACGUCAUUGCACUGGCUCUGCACAUCAGCAACUUCCAAACAGACCUCACUGUCCUGCAGAAUGACCUGAAGCUCCAGGAGAGCAGGAUGAUGGACAUUGCCAGGGCCAUGCGGCUGAAGAUCGCCAAGGCCAAGGGACUGCCAGAACUUGGGAACGACUCAAACCACAAGCUGGGCACUCUGUCUCUGCCCCUGCCCGUGCCAAAGCCAUCCGGGGGCCGGCAGAAGCGCAAGAAAAUGAACUGAGAUGUCUGUCAGGUUUGCACAGGGGCAGGGGCAGGUCCAGGUCCCUUCCUCACCUGCUGCUCUGCACAUGGAGCACCAUGGGGAUGCCUUUGCCUGAUGGAUCAGGCUGUCCAGCAUCAUCACACAGCCCUGCUGGGACCCUGUCCCCAGGCUGGGCUGGAACAGCAGAUGCUCACCUCACUAAACUGCUUUUUUUCUGUUUAUGUAGAGAAAGCUGUAAUAAAAAAAUCUGUCUCCAUAU